AGAGGAUUCACAGCAGGGAGAAAACCUAUGACUGUACUGAUUGUGUAAAUGUUUCAUUAGAAAUUCCCAUGUCAUGAGACACCAGAGGAUUCACACAGGAGAGAAACCUUUUGAAUGUCCUGAUUGUGGGGAACGUUUCAGUCAGAUGUCCACCCUGGUGAAACACCAGAGGACUCACACAGGAGAGAAACCCUUUGAAUGUCCUGAUUGUGGGAAAGGUUUCAGUCAGAAGUCCAGCCUUGUGAAACACCAGAGGAUUCACACAGGAGAGAAACCCUUUGAAUGUCCUGAUUGUGGGAAAAGGUUCAAUGACAAGUCCAGCCUUGUUACACACCAGAGGAUUCACACAGGAGAGAAACCCUUUGAAUGUCCUAUCUGUGGGAAAGGUUUCAGUGACAAAUCCAACCUGGUGACACACCAGAGGACUCACACAGGAGAGAAACCCUUUGAAUGUCCUGAUUGUGGGAAAAGUUUCAAUUGCAAGUCCAAACUGGUGAUACACCAGAGGACUCACACAGGAGAGAAACCCUUUGAAUGUCAUAUCUGUGGGAAUGUUUUCUGUCACAAGAGCAGCCUGGUGACACACCAGAGGAUUCACACAGGAGAGAAACCCUUUGAAUGUCCUAUCUGUGGAAAAAGUUUCAGUGAGAAUUCCCACCUAGUGUCACACCAGAGGACUCACAUAGGAGAGAAACCCUUUGAAUGUACUGAUUGUGGAAAAGGUUUCAAUCACAAGUCCAACCUGGUAUCACACCAGAGGACUCACACAGGAGAGAAACCUUUUGAAUGUCCAGAUUGUGGGAAAGGUUUCUAUCACAAGUGGUACUUGGUGACACACCAGAGGAUUCACACAGGAGAGAAACUCUUUGAAUGUCCUAUCUGUGGAAAAAGUUUCAGUGAGAAUUCCCAGCUGGUGAUACACCAGAGGACUCACACAGGAGAGAAACCCUUUGAAUGUCCUGAUUGUGGGAAAAGCUUCAGUCAAAAGUCCAACCUGGUGACACACCAGAGGACUCACACAGGAGAGAAACACUUUGAAUGUCCUGAUUGUGGGAAAAGUUUCAGUCAGAAUUCCAGCCUUGUGACACACCAGAGGACUCACACAGGAGAGAAACCCUUUGAAUGUCCUGAUUGUGGGAAAGGUUUCAGUCAGAAGUCCAGCCUUGUGAAACACCAAAGGACUCACAAAGGAGAGAAACCCUUUGAAUGUCCUGAUUGUGGGAAAAGUUUCAGUCAGAAUUCCCAGCUGGUGACACACCAAAGGACUCACACAGGGGAGAAACCCUUUGAAUGUCCUGAUUGUGGGAAAAGUUUUAGUGAGAUUUCCAGCCUUGUGAAACACCAGAGGACUCACAAAAAGGGAGAAAUCUUUCAACUGUCCAGUCUGUGAACGUUACUUCACUCAUAAAUCAUCCCUUAUUGCACACAAGGAAAUCCACAUGAGGCAAAAGUUGAAGAAUUUAGAAAAGGCUUGAAAUUAAUUUGUGAUCUCCCAUUGAAACUGUAGAUGAGAAAUUGACUAUUUGAAUUGUGGUCCGAAUCUGUUUACUUAAACGUGUCUCAGGACUAGACUUGUAAAUGGAGAGAAAA